UUGGAUAAUCGGCCGCGACAUUAUAAUUAUUAUUAUUAUUGCCAAUACUCAUUAUUAAGAAGUAAGAACACCCGACCCAGAGUGCUGCAUUAUUCUGCACAGAGUAAAAGAUGGAAAGAAAGUCGUAUCCGCACACUAACUAAAUUGGCAUUUAUCCCUUUAUUUUAUCCCACACAACAUGACCAAAAACUAUGUACCUAGUCAAGGUUGGCUGAGACAUAUUAUAGCAUGAUCGCCGAAUCCAUGGACACCAAAUAACUAAUUAUUUCUCAAGACUGAUUAUUAUGGGAGAACCAUUACCAGAUGUUUCAAAGCACAAAGUUAUUAUUAUUGGUGCUGGCAUAGCAGGGCUUGCGGCAGCCACACAUUUAUCACAACACAAUAUGAAUGAUUUUAUUGUGUUGGAAGCACAGAAUCGUAUUGGUGGUCGAAUAUGCUCUUCUAAAAUAAAUGAUCAACAAGUCGAACUUGGGGCUCAUUGGAUUCAUGGCGUAUUAGGUAAUCCUAUGUAUGAAUUAGCCUUGGCUAAUGGUCUAGUGGAUAUUACUCACCGUCCGAAAUUACCUAGUAUUAUAGCCGCCGCAACGGAUGGAACAAAAGUUCCAAUUCAGUUAUUACAAGAAACAUACGAAGCGUAUAUGUGUUUUCUGCGGCGUUGUGAAGAUUAUUUUACUGGCGCAUUUGAUCCACCACCCGGGAUUCACAGUGUUGGAGAACAUGUGCAGCUCGAAAUCGCAAUUUAUUUGGAUAAAGUACAAAAUAACAAUGUCCGUAAAUUACAGCGAUUAAUUUUCAACUGUCUACUGAAGCGAGAAACUUGUAUUACUGGGUGUAACAAUAUGUUUGAUAUUGAUUUAGUUGAGUUAGGUAGUUACAAAGAACUCCAGGGUGGUAAUAUUGCGCUGCCCGGUGGGUACAGCAGUAUUUUAGAUCCUAUUCAUAACAAGUUACCACCCGACUGUAUAAAAUUAAAUUCUCGAGUGACGAAAAUCAAAUGGCCAUCAGGCAUUGACAACGGUACAGAUUCUGAAGAUUCUGAUAAGACUGUUAUUGAAGUAGGCGGUGAGGAUGUCACCAAUGAAACCGUGUACGUUCAUUGUGAUGAAAAGAUUUAUGAAGCUGACAGUAUUAUAUGCACACUGCCAUUGGGUAUACUCAAGUCCAAUGACAUUUUCUGUCCAAAACUACCAAAGUACAAAGAAAAAUCUAUUGGUAGACUAUUGUAUGGUGUAGUGGAUAAAAUUUUUUUGUAUUACGAUCGGCCGUUUUUGAGUGACGAUAUGGAUGAGAUACUUUUACUAUGGGACAAUGACGAAAUAGGGGAUUGGAGUGAAAAGAUAUAUAGUUUUUCAAAAGUAAAUGAUACACUGUUGCUUGGUUGGUUAUCUGGUAAUGAAGCUGAAAUCAUGGAGAAAUUGGAUGAUAAAAUAAUUGGAGAAAAGUGUACAGAUAUAUUGAGACGUUUUCUGAAAGAUCCUUGUAUACCAUAUCCGUCUAAAUGUAUGUGCACUCGAUGGAAAUCAAAUGAAUUCAGUCUCGGUUCAUAUACUGCUAUUGGAGUUGGCUCUAGUCAGUUAGACAUCGAACACAUUGCAAGACCAAUGCAUGUAAAUAAUAAUACUAUUCCUAUCAUAACGUUUGCUGGGGAACAUACCCAUCCAAAUUUUUACUCGACUGUUCAUGGAGCUUAUUUGUCUGGACGUGCAGCUGCUGAAAUGUUAGUUGUAUGUAAACGUGAAGACGAACCACUCAAUACUACAGUCACUAACCUAGGUUCAUGGAUACAAGGCUUACCACUAGCGUAGUAAAACUUUUGUUAUUUUAUUUAUUUAUUUAUUUUUUGCAAUUGUAUUUAUUUAUUUAACCAAAUUGUGAUAUUAGGUAUUAGUUGUUAGUUCAAGUUAGAAAAAUGUCGCUUUUUUGACUACGAACUUUUAACUCUGGUCAACAGAUAAUUUUCUAAAAAAUUGUUUCUUGCUAAAGUACAUCUUUAUUUUCAUAAAUCUAAAAAUCUUUUACAAUUUGUAUGUUUGUAAAGACUUUUUAGUUUUUAUAUUUCUGUGGACAAAUAUUCUUUAAAUUUUUAAAUAUUAAACCAUGGCGUACAUUUUGGUUUAAAAAUGUAAAUGCUUACAAGUCAUUUUUUCAGUUUCUUAUCUAUUUUUAUGGCUUUAUAAAUUGUUUAACCUUUACACUGCUAAAUUGGUUUUUCCUAUGAUACUCAUCUCCACUGAAUUUUUUUUUUAUUUAUAUCAUAAAUGCAUAACAUUUACUUGUAUAGUUUCAUAGAAUCAUAUUAUGUUGAAGUUAAAAAAAUAAAAACAAUAUAUUAUAAUAUUGAAUUAGAUAUUUAAGUUUCAAAAUUGUACGAUGAUGGAUUACCUAACAGUGCAUACAAUAAUAAAAAAAUUUAACCUACUUUACGUAUUAUCUUUUCAACAAGUUAGGUAUUAAGUAUAGUAAUAUAAAACAAACCGUAUUUUUUCAAUUAAAAUAACUAUUGAUCAAAAGUGUAUCAUUAGGUCACACUAAAUAAAUUAUAAAAAUAUAAAAUGUGCCUCAUGAUUCUGGAAAUAAAAAUAGAACUGUUU